AUGACAAAUACAGACAUUAAAAGUCGUUUUUAUAUUGUACAUCUUGAAGUUGCACAUGGUUCUGAUCGAUAUGAUAUUCAUCUUCAUAUGGAACAUUCACCUUUGGUUAGAGAUCUUAUGGAAGAAGUUGAAAAAAAAGCUCGAGUUACAAUGAUGAAUCAACAAUUACUUUAUCGUGGACAACGUUUACAUAUGACACCUGAUGAACCAUUAGAAAAUUUUGGUUUAUUUAAUGGAAAUCGUAUUAUUUUAGUUGGAGAAAAAUUGACUGGUAUAGAAGAUGAACAUUUUAGACGUUUAUUAAGUGUUGAAAAAGAUGUUAAAGUAAUUAAUGAUGUAAUUGAACUUGUUUGUCGUGAUUUUGAAAAUUUAAAACAAAGUCAACAAUCACGAGAUCGAUGUGAACAGUUACUUCGUGAUUUACAAUCACAUGGUGAACGUUGUCGUUCUGAUUUAAAAACAUUUCAAUCAAUUGCUAGUAAUUUAAAAAUUGAACAAUCCGAAAUUGAUGCUUAUAGAAAAAAGAAUCAAGUCAAUGCAUUGAUUCAAGAUCGUCUAGAUAUUUUAUCAAAUUUGCUUUCUGCUAUUUCGUCAUAUGACGGUAGCAAGUGA